UGCAAGAAAAAAAUGAAUUUGAAUAUCAAAUGCAUUUUGAUAUCAAAUUGCAUAAAAUUACUUAUCUAUGAAUACUACAAAGUCAACUACCCUUUGUACAUUUGAGUUUAUUGUUUCAAAGUUUAUAGAUGCAUUCAUUCUCUGAAUAUUUUUUCUAAGAAUGGCGAUUAUAACAGACGUUGUAAAUGAUUUUACUAGAAUUAUUGAUCGAAGACAUGAGGACUAUAUCGUUUCAUCGCCAGAUUUUUUCUGGUCAUUUCUCCUCUUUUAUGUUUUUUCAAUUAAAGUACUUGGACCAAAGCUAAUGAAAAACAGACAGCCAUAUAAUAUUCAAAAUAUUAUUAUUGGCUACAACGUAAUCCAGAUUGUAAUGAAUCUUUAUCUUGUUUAUAGAUGCAUUUAUAUGUAUGUUACAAAUCGAAAUUGGAUAUGUAUGGAUUCGAAAGACAAAGACUAUUUUGCAGAUACAAGCAAAUAUUAUUAUUAUCUUAAACUAUUCGACUUUGUUGAAACAGUUUUCUUUAUAUUACGAAAAAGCUAUAGACAAGCCAGUUUUCUUCACCUCUACCACCAUGGGCUUAUAUUCUUUGGCGCUUUCUUGAAUUUCAGAUACGAUUUAGCCGAAGCUUCAUUCAUAGUUGGUCUUUUAAAUAGUGCUACACAUGUUCUCAUGUACAUAUACUAUUUAUUGACUGCAAUGGAUUCCGAAUGGAGAACUAACGUCACAUUAAAAAAAAGUUUAACAUUAAUACAAAUUGUACAACUAAACCUACUCUGGGUUUAUACUGGACUACUCCAAGUCAUCCCAGACUGCCAAACGAUACCAAAAUAUGUACAAUUGGUGUGGAUGGCACAAAAUCUUUUUAUGGUAAAUCUAUUCUUAAGAUUUUACUUUAAGUCAUAUGUAAAUAAGAAGGUAAGUGUAAGUACCAGGGAAUAAUAAUUGUAUCUGAAAGAUAUAGGUUAACAAACAUCUUUGUUUCUUAUCUCAGCUUUUUACUUAAAUUAUAAAUAAAAUUAUUUUUACCGAA